AUGCAUGGACGCAGAAUACUUUUGCUGCUCGACAACGCUGCCGGUCAUGUUGACUUUGAACUGAACAAUGUGUACAUUCAUUUCCUACCAAAAAAUACUACGUCGCACCUGCAACCAAUGGACGCCGGCAUUAUUCGAAACUUCAAGCUGAAGUACAAGAAAUUAUUUGUGCAGUGGGUGAUUGAGCAGACCGGUCCACAGAAGCGGUUAGAUUUGUUGACGGCAAUAAAAUUUGUCGUGGGCGCAUGGAACGCGGAUGCGGAUGCGACAAUUUGA